AUAUCAAAUAAAAUUAAGUUGUUUAUGUUGUGCUAUCAGAAAUUCGCGGGUUGUAGUAAUAAUUUUUUUUAUAAAUGCAUUUCCAAAUAAUUAUGGAAUGUAAAGAAAAAAAAGUUAAUAAUUUUGAGAAUAAUUUGUGACGUAUAAUGGAAGAAACGAAACAAAACCCUAUUAUAAAAGAGUUGGCUGUGAUAUUAACUAAAAAACCUCUAGUAGUCCAGAGGUAUAAACACCAAGAACAGUUGCAACAUAAAAAUGAUUGCAUGGAAUUAAUACAGUCGAACAAUAAAAAACAAAAUGCCAGUUAUGGUAAAAAGAAGAGACAGAAUGUGAAUAAAAAGUGUAAAAUUAUAUUGGAAAAGCUUCCUUUAAAUACACUAAACCAAGUACAAGAUGGAGUGCAUAAAAACGAAUUAGUUGCAGUGAAUAAAAAUGUAAAUAGUGUAGUUGAAGGUAACCGUGGGAAACAUUUGGUUUACGAACAUGUAACGGACGAUAAACUCAAGGACAAUGACGAUUUGUAUGAAUUUGAUGAAGCUGAUUCUGAGAACAGAGAUGAAGACAAGGCUAAACGUAAUAAAAAGAAGAAAGUAAAGUCCUCAAAGCAAGCGUCAAAAAAGAACACGAAAAAAUACAAAACUACCAAAUCUAAAAUAUGUAAUACUUACGAUGCAGCAGUGCAAGAAAUUCUUCAGAAGGUAAUGAAAAGGGUUAAUAACGGUAAAUUAAAUAAAAACCCUCCUCCGAUUCAAAAUGAACACCAUAUGCAUUGUCCAAUUCAACAGAACGGUUCACCAGAAUAUGUUGACGAUGUAGGUCACUAUAAUGAUGAUGAUAUAGGUGAAAACGCUUUGGGAGGAAACAAAGAAAAUGAAGCAUUUUAUGAGCACAAUGCGCAGAAUAAUAAUUCCAAAGAAGUUUGUUUGCUUCACAGUCCGAAAAAAACUAAUAAAAAUAUACAAGUUCUUAGCGAUAUUACCCUUGAUCAAUCUGACGAUUGGUUUUUAGACGAGCACUUACAACCGAAUGCUAAUAGCACAGUUUUGCUGAAUAGGGUAUGCAGUCCCCCUUGGAGAUUUAACGAGCACUUGAAGCGUAAUCCCCACUACUUAAGUAUAAAGAAAACGGCUUUACCGUGUCUUCAGCAGGAUAUGAUAAUAGAUUACGCACAGUUGGAAAAGAUCGAGGAGCAUUUUGCCCAAAUACCCAAAAGACCCAAAAAGUGUGUGAAUAAAUCUAGUCCGAUUAAAGAUUCUGGAUUGUUUCACGAUACAGCGAACAAAGAAAACAUUCCUCAUCUAAGUUUCUUUGACAGUGAAAAUUCUAUUGUUCAGCGGCCAAAAUCGUUACAAGAAAAUAAACAGAAUCGUAAUAUCCUUGGACCUAAAACACUAAACGCAAAUAAUAUCCCUAAUGAUAUAAACGUUCAAAGAAACAAUACAGUUGAAAUUCCGGCUGUCACUGAAAUCCCAAUAUCAAAUACUGAGAAAUUAGGUAGAAAUUUCUAUACAUCACAGAAUUUAUUAAAAGAGCCUGUAAAUAAAAAUUUUGGUGUGAAGUUGUUCGAAGACGAAGAACCAGUUAUUAAUUUCGAUGAAAACACCAAAAUAUAUAUAUCGAAAAAUCGCAAAAAGAAGAAAUUAUAUGAUAACAAUGAGGUAUCGACUCAAGAUAAACAUAAAAGGGAAAUGACGAGAAAGGAAGAAGCGGAGCUGGAGCAGUGGGCGACAAAGUUUAAUUCUCUGUGCGAAGACAUUGAUAACUACAGAUUAGAAAUAGAAUAACUAAUUAUUUAUUUAUUUGUCAGUACACGCAUUAGAUGUAUUCGUCUAUACAGAAUUUAAUGCUUUUUGGAGUAACUUUUUUUUCUGUUAAUAUUGUACCAUGAUUUUAAAGAUGAUGUACUAUAUUAU